GAUUGUUAAUAUAGAUUAAAAUGUUAGUAAGAUUCUUCUAUUAUCUUUAAGAUAAUAGUACAAUAAUUUAAUUACAGAGAGAUUAGUGCAUAAUGCCGUGGACAACAUACGAAAGAAGUUUAGCAUUAUUAAUGCUUGUCGCAGGUUCCAUAAGUACUUUAGCCACGAAAUGGGAUGAUAGGCUUUCCUCUGUGAAUAGAGCUGGAGAUCUUGCAAAAUUUAAUCAUUCAUUCUUACAGGCUGCUGGAAUGUUUUUGGGCGAAUUAUCAUGCCUCAUUGCUUUUAAGAUUUUCUUGUGCAUGCAGAGGAAAAAAAAGGAAAACCCUGAAGGAGUGCCGAGUAUACAUUCUCAAAGAUUCAAUCCUAUGAUCUUUCUUCUGCCUGCUUUAUGUGACGUGACAGCAACGUCUAUUAUGAAUGUUGGACUCACCUUCAUACACGCUUCAAGCUACCAAAUGUUGCGAAGUGCCGUAAUUGUGUUCACUGGACUAUUAUCGGUAGCAUUUUUAGAAAGACAUCUGAGAGUUUGUGAAUGGGUAGGAAUAUUUAUCGUUAUUUUCGGCUUGCUUUGUGUUGGUAUAUCUGAUGAUUUUAGCUCCAAUCCAGGCUCAGAGCACAAUGCUAGCUUAAAUGGCAUAAUAACAGGUGACCUUCUGAUUGUAUUGGCACAAAUUAUUGUUGCGACUCAAAUGGUUUUAGAGGAAAAAUUUGUAACAAAAUACGACAUUUCUGCAUUAGAGAGUAUUGGAUGGGAAGGUUUGUUUGCUUUCGCUAUCGUAUCAGUACUAUUGGUGCCUAUGUAUUACAUUAAAGUUGGAAAAAGUAUCUUUAAUAAUCCUUAUGGAAGAAUGGAAGACGCCCUAGAUGGCUUUAUUCAGAUGUCAAAUAGCUGGCAAGUAACUCUGGCUUUUACAGGAACUAUUAUAGGUACUGGCAUCGGUAAUUUUGCUGGAUUAAGUAUAACCAAGGAACUGAGUGCUACAACCCGAAUGGUUUUGGAUAGUGCUAGAGCAUUUGUUGUAUGGAUAUUCUGUCUGUUUUUCACAUGGCAAGAGUUCCAUUAUUUGCAGUUAGUUGGAUUCCUCUUACUUUUUAUUGGAAUGUGCCUCUAUAAUGAUGUCAUUAUUCAACCAAUCUGUCACAGGGUAUUUCGUCAAAUGCACUACUACAGAGGCAAAACAAGCUCCUGCGAUGAUGAAUCGACAAGCCCGUUGACUGAGCCAUUAUCUAUAAACUCUUGAGGUUUCUUGGAAAUAUUAGUUUAGAUCCACAAGGUGUUCGAAAAUAAUUUUGGGAUUUUAUAUUAAUUUAUGUGAUAAUAAAUUUUACAUAAAAUAUUCUGAA